UGUCAAAUGUCAAUGUCAAAAUCAUCUGCUCUGCUCUUUCUCUUUUGCGGUGCAGUGAAACCGGAAGAUAUUCGAGAAAAAUCGUAGUUUUUCCUAUCUAAAUCGCGAAAUACAUCAAAUAAAAUAACAAAAUGUCUUUUAUUGCAAAGCAACUUGCACGUAGGGUAUUGACCCCGUCUUUUGCGGCUCUAAAGAAGGCUAACUUGUCUACUACUAGUGCAGUCUUAGCGCCGAGAGUUCAGAAACCAGCACCAGACUUCUCCGGCACAGCUGUAGUCAACGGAGAAUUCAACCAGAUCAAGCUGGCUGACUUCCAUGGAAAAUAUGUUGUGCUGUUCUUCUACCCAUUGGAUUUCACUUUUGUGUGCCCGACUGAGCUGAUUGCGUUCAGUGAUAAAGCCAAAGAGUUUGCCAGCAUCGACUGCCAGGUCAUUGGUGUGUCCACCGACUCUGAGUUCAGCCAUCUAGCCUGGACUAACACUCCUAGGAAGGAUGGUGGUUUGGGCAAAAUUGACAUUCCCCUGAUAGCUGACUACAAGAAGACCAUCUCACAAGACUAUGACGUCCUUCUAGAAGGAGGAUUCGCUCUCAGAGGUCUGUUCCUAAUCGACCGGCAGGGCAUCCUGCGGCACAUGUCAGUGAACGACCUGCCCGUGGGCCGCUCCGUGGACGAGACACUGCGGCUGGUGCGCGCGUUCCAGUUCGCAGACAAACAUGGAGAAGUAUGCCCCGCCAAUUGGAACCCAGAAUCAAACUCAGCCACCAUCAAACCAAACCCUAAGGACAGCAAGGCGUACUUCGAGAAGCAAAACUAAGAUAGGUAUCCAAUAAUUUUGUAUAAGCGACCACAAUUUAAUAAUAAAUAGCAUUUAAUUACCUUU